UAGAGGGAAGAACCAGCAGGCCCAAAAAAUACACACAAUAUUUUAAAACAAAUAUUUAAAGCAAAUAAUCCACUGCGAACACGUCGUGCGAAUUCAUCGAAAAAUGUCAGAGCGACGACUUUUUGACGUGCAUCGCUGCGAGAUAUAACGUUAGACUGGAUUGACUGUGAAAUGCAACUUUUGCGGCGAUCAAAAGUUUCUGAAUUUUGAACAUGCAAAAAGACCUUCAGAUCCAAGAAAAAUCACCUCUCAGUGUUUCUUCUCAGAUGUGCAAUUUACAUACUCCCUGAGAACCACCCAUACAUGUGAAAGAAAUGUUUCAUGGCAAAGACCAGUUGAACAGCCACCUCCAGACCCACGACCCCAACAAGCAAGAACUGCGAUGUGAAGAAUGUGGAAAGCAUUACAACACCCGUCUGGGUCUCAGACGCCACAUGGCGACGCAUGCCACCUCUCCCGUUGGUGACCUCACCUGUAAGGUUUGUCGUCAGGUGUUUGACUGCAUGCCCACGUUGCUCGAGCACUUGAGUACACACACCGGUCGGCCACCCCCGGGGGCAGUGGUACGAGAAAGAAAGCAUCAGUGUGAACGGUGCGGUCGGCGCUUCUUUACUCGCAAGGAUGUCCGUCGCCAUGCGGUGGUGCACACGGGCAGGCGGGACUUCCUGUGCACGCGUUGCGCCCAGCGUUUCGGCCGACGUGACCACCUCACCCGACACCUGAAGAAAAGCCAUGCGCAGGAGUUGGAGACCCUCGCCCCCAUGCCCAUUAAAGAGGAGCCCAGUCCCACCAUGUGCUCUGUUGGAUCUCCAAAGGAUGCAUCAGAGGCUUUUGCUAUGAGCAUGUUCAACCCACUUGGCCUACCGAGUACAUCUACCUCAGGGGUCACUCACCAUCAUCCGAUGGUGUCUGGCCCCCUGUCCAGCCCGAUGGGUGUGGGCUGUUACCUCGAGCCAAGCAAGCCUCAGCCGCAGCAGUACCAGCAGGCUCCUAGGUAUCAGCCUAGUUCCACUACCUCGUAUCUGAAAGCAGAGAUGGAGAACUUCCUGACCGAACUCCAGUGUGGGCCGAUGCCGCCACAAGCCUCCAUGGCGACCGCCGUCUCUCGGCCUGGCGACCUUCUCCCCGAUAACUUGGGAGGUCAUGGUGCCCAUUUCACCCUCAGGAACUCCUUCACCUCAGCUGAGCCCCCUAACGCCUCCGCCAACAUGGACCUUUCACAUCUGCUGGGCUUCCUGCCAUUCGGUUUGCCUCCCUACAGCACGCCCUUGACUUCGGGAAGCCUCGUGAUGGGAUACUCCACCACGACCACAGCUGCGUCCCCAAGUCCUACCUCUCAGCUCUCUGGGCCCUUUACCUCAUUUCAGCCACAGUCACUGCAGGAGCCUAUGGCUUCAGGGCACUUAAACCAGAUCUCUGGUUUCUCUCCAACUCUACCUCGAUUCCAUCAGGCCUUCCAACAAUAGUUACCCAUGUCCACUUUGACCUGCCAGUCGAGUGCAACAGCUCUGCUGUAACAUUGCCAAAUACCUUAUAGGUAACACGAUGAAGGUUGUAAGGUUUUUUGCUAAUAGAUCUCAUAGAAAUAGAGGAGGAUGAUUAGCAUGAUAUUGUUGCUAGGAUAGAUGGAAUUUUGCUUUUAGAAUAGUUUUUUUCUUUGUCUCCUGAGUAACUGUUUAGCGAUGUAUGAACCUCAUUCGUUUGAAGAAGCGUCAGCGGCAAAGCUAGCAAAAGAAAUACCUCAAAUGUUUUUUUGUCAAGAAGAAAAGACAUGCUUUUACAGUGUUCUCCGUUGUAUAAUGAAGCACUUUUUUUUAGCAACGGCACUUCUAUGAUUUAGAGUCAGAUUGAACUGUGGUCAUAGAUUUACCUCUCAGCUCACAGUCACGCAACGCAAAACCUACCUCUCCAAGCUGGAAAAUUCUUUUUGACAAGAAGCAAAUCUUCACACGAAACGUCUUCAUGUAAUGCGCAUGGAGACGUUAUCCUAGUUUUUUGUUUAGUUUAUUUGAACGCUCUACAAUUUAUCUAUCAAGAUUUUAGAUUCAGCAUUAAUUAGGUUGUGUUGAUUUUAGCAUUUUGGUAAAAGUUUGUAGGUGCUAUUGUGUUCUCAUCCAGGGGCGGACUGACCGGUAGGACAUUCUGUCAAAGUUCAGACCUACGGCCGUGAUCAGGGGCGAACUGGCGAACAUAUUAUAAUCGUGAAUGCACGCAACGCGAAAGCAUUAGUGAGUCGGACACGUAUCUAUGUAACGCAAUGCACACGUUACAUACACCGCACAGCACCCCCCCCAUUGACAUAUACUCUGGUGGAGGUCUGAUGCUUUCAAACGCACCCUCGCCAACCGGCCCCCGUGGACAGAAUUGGCGGAGUGCCGAAUAAUCCCCUGCCGAAUUUGCUUACCAGUCCGCCCCUGUUCACAUCCUUAAUUCUAAAUGUUAAGGAAAUCACAAUUUCGAGUGGAUACCUUGGCUACAUUGUUUAUUGUAGACCCCAUCUUUCUAUGUAUUAUUUCAAGGUGUUUUGAAAGUAAAAUAAAACAAGAUUAUUGUCUUGGAUACUUUUUUAAAAACUUAAUAGCCGACCACAAACAUUUCUCUCAGUAGACGCAAGUAAAAUCUUCCGCGUUUAAUUUUGUACUUAAGUUAAUGCCCUUUUUCAUGUUAAUUGGUCAUGUUGAUAACAUUUAUGUCUUGGAUAUAUCUGGAAGAUAAUUUCUUGAUUUAGAAUGUUGUUUGGGUAAUAGUUUUAAACAAUGAACACCACAUUACAAAGUGCGUCUCCUUAAAAAAAAAAAGCUUAGCACACGCUCUGUUUUGCUGAAGCACUUCACGUAUCUCUCCGUGGAACAUCAGGAGCACUGAUUAAGUUUCACCAUGCAAAAUGAAAUAGCACUGCUUCACUGUGUCUUCUUUUAACUUAGUGUUACAUGAAUAAGUAACCUAUAAGGUUACUUUGAAAUAGGGUCUGCUCCGUUUUGUUUACACAAACUUGAAUGGAUGAAUACAAUUCAUGAGAUCCCUUUGUUCUUCCCAUUCAUAUAUCGGAAAUGUAUAACAGGAUUUGGGCAUGAAAUUUUGUAGGACAUUUCCUUCUUUGGAAGCCGUCCUCAACUCAACUGUGAUGUUCAGACUGAUCUACCUCAGUGAGAUGCACACUGUGCACAGCUGUACUGUACCUUUAGUGAGAAAUCUAGUUUCAAUGGAUGUUUAGCUGGAGUAAACGGGUGUUUCACAUCUUCUCCCAGUAUUAGCAUUUUAAUGUUUCAACGACUGUUUGUUAA